ACAAUUAAUGUCGUUGAAGAUGUGCCAUAUUCCGAGAAUGGUAAACGACCAUCAGCACCAGAAAAAGUAAACAUUGUAUCCCUUGAAUCAGAUACGAAAGAAGACCGAAAACAAAAUCGACCAAAAUGGGACAACGCCAUAGAGUUCCUGAUGUCCUGCAUAGCCACGUCCGUGGGCCUCGGCAACGUCUGGCGGUUUCCCUUCGUCGCGUACCAAAACGGCGGGGGAGCCUUCCUCAUCCCCUAUAUCAUAGUGCUUUUAGUUAUAGGAAAACCUAUGUACUAUCUGGAAACAGUACUUGGACAAUUCAGCAGCAGUAACUGUGUAAAAAUAUGGGCUCUUUCGCCGGCCAUGAAAGGUACCGGCUACGCGCAAGCCUUAGGAGCCGGUUAUGUACUUUCCUACUACGUGUCCAUCAUCGCGCUAUGUCUUUAUUAUUUGGUGAUGAGUUUCCAAUCAACGCUACCCUGGGCCGUGUGCCGGGAGGAGUGGGAUAACUGCGUGCCUUCGGGAGAGUCCGUCAAUGCAAGCCAAUUAGAAGGAAAUGCAGUCAGCAGCGCUGAAUUAUACUUCACACACACGGUACUCCGUCAAUCAGAUGGCAUCCACGACGGAAUUGGGUUGCCGAUUUGGGAUUUAACGAUAUGCCUGCUGGUGUCAUGGAUUAUCAUCUUCUUUAUUGUGGCUCGAGGAGUCAAGAGUUCGGGCAAGGCUGCUUAUUUCCUGGCUCUCUUCCCCUAUGUCGUGCUCUUUAUUCUGCUUAUCAGGGCUGUAACUCUUCCUGGUGCUGGAAAAGGCAUUAUGUUCUUUAUAACACCCGAGUGGGGGAAAAUUCUAAGAUUAGAGGUGUGGUAUGCUGCCGUGACCCAAGUAUUCUUCUCGCUCUCUGUGUGUUCUGGUGCUCUCAUCAUGUUUGCUUCUUACAACGGGUUCAGAUCAAACGUUUACAGAGAUUCCAUGAUCGUAACUACGUUGGAUACGUUCACAAGUUUAAUAUCGGGUAUAACAAUCUUCGGUGUCCUCGGCAACUUGGCUUACGAAUUGGGUUACGAUAAUGUGGAAGACGUUGUCGGUAGCGGCGGAACCAGCCUUGCCUUCAUUUCGUACCCUGAUGCCAUCGCCAAGUCACCGUUUGUACCACAGCUGUUCGCGGUUCUGUUCUUCCUGAUGAUGGCCGUGCUCGGCAUCGGGUCUGGCGUCGCUCUGCUUUCCACGCUGAACACCGUGCUGCUGGACGCCUUCCCGAGAGUGCCCACUAUUUACAUGGCCUGCGGCGCGUGCACCGCCGGGUUCCUCGUUGGACUCGUAUAUGUGACGCCGGGUGGACAAUACGUUCUUGAGAUUGUCGAUUAUUACGGAGGAACGUUUAUGCGACUCUUCGCUGCCAUUGCGGAAACCAUUGCUGUCUUUUGGAUUUAUGGUCUGGAGAACCUUUGCAUCGACAUUGAAUUCAUGUUGGGUAUUAAGACUGGCUGGUAUUGGCGCAUAUGCUGGUCUAUCGUAACCCCGGUUGUGAUGAUCACUGUCUUCAUGUACGCGAUGGUGACCACUGAGGCUCUUGUCUUUGGAGGCACAUACGUAUACCCGAGGGCUGCUUAUAUUGCUGGUAACAUGCUGCAAUACGUAGGAAUGGCGCUGAUCCCUAUCUUUAUUGUAGCCUCUUUAUGGAAGUACACAUCUCGUACAUUUACUGAGACUGCGAAGCGCGCGUUCAAGAAGAAGCCCAAUUAUGGUCCAUCGGAACCGGAUCUGCGUGAAGACUGGCGGCAGUUCAGCCUGCAGGCCAAGCGCGAUCGCGAGUCCGUCAACAACAACUGGUUACAGCGUAUCGGGCGAAGCCUCGUAGGAGGACACAGGAAGAAUAAAUAA